AUGGGUUCUAAUGGGACCUCUUCAGCUCAGAAGCGGAUUUCGAACGUGCUGCCGACGACCAUCUCCGCCGUGAACGGGCGCCGCCCCCGCUUCGGCCCUCUCCCGUGGAAGGCACAUCCACAAACCGCUCGAACCUUGAUUCCUAGUUCGGACCCAAAAAGGCCAAUCAAUCUUAAGAGGGUCGGAUCUCACCUUAAGUGUGUUGAGAGAUAUCAUGAUGAUGAUGUUCUAAGUCUGCUGCCUGAUGACAUUCUCCUUGUUAUCCUAUCGUCCCUCCCAUUGAAAGAAGCUGGCCGCACAAGUGUUCUUUCAUCUCGCUGGAGAUACUUGUGGAGUUACACCUCUUAUCUCAACUUUGAUGACCAUAGCUCCAUGGAGCAGAUUAUCCACGACGAGGAUUUUUGCUUGGUAGAGAGGGAAAGGGAAAAGUAUGUAAGGUGGGUGGAUUCGGUUCUCCAAUCACACAGAGGAUUCAGCUUGAAAGAAUUAAGAAUAUGUUUUAGUUUAACCCAAUCACCGUCAAUUACGAAGUGGGUUGAAUUUGCUUUUAAGAGGCACAUCGAAAAGUUGGAAUUGAACUUUACACAUUGUGAUCCCCCAGAUGAAUCUUACGUGUUUCAUCAAGAGUUACUACGAGAAAAUAGCGGAAUUUUCAACUAUAAAACCUUAAAAGUGUUGUGCUUAAGGGACAUUAAUGUCUCUGGUGAAGCUAUGGAGUUUCUCUUACGUUACUGCCCAUUACUCGAGCAGAUAGUUGUCUGUUUCUCCCAAUUAUUGACCAGUCUUGAAGUUUGUGGACCAUCCCUUGUGUUAAAGCAUUUGGAGAUAUGGAGAUGCAAUUAUUUGAAAUCCUUACGAAUUUCUGCUCCAAAUCUUACUACGCUUAUACUUAAUAAUAAAAUAGAAUCCCUCUUGCUUGAGGAUGUUCCAAUGCUUCGUGACGUUUAUGUGAACAUUGGAGACCAUCCACUUGAUCAUAUGUAUGUACAAAGGCUAGUUCCCACACUGCGUUGCUGUCUUUCCCAAUUGGAGAUUCUCACCUUGAACAUUUAUCAGAAGAAAGAGGUUCUAAAGAUGCUCAAUUUCCCUAUGAUGCCUAAACUUAGGAAGUUGGUCGUCGUGAAACUUUUAUAUGGAGUGGACUGGAGUCUUCUAGACGUAGCUCACUUUAUCAAUGCAUCUCCCAACUUGCAAGAAUUUGAGUUAAAGCAACAAUGGUCUGAAGCUGAAAGGUCAAAUAGAGAAAUUCAGAAGGGAUUUAAGCAGUUUCCACUGCACCAGCACUUGAAUGUUUUUCGGUUUUUAGGUUAUUAUGGUUGUCCGAGUGAUGUUGAAUUAGUCAACUACUUGUUGGAGAGUUGUGUCGCGCUUAAGGAGAUCAUUGUUGAUACCCAAAGUCCGGCUCGUCCGGCUUAUGGGCCAGUUGAUCCUGAAGACUUAAAAUUGGCUGAAGAAGCAAAUAUUUACGCUAAACAACAGCUGGAGCCACUGUUGUCAGCACCGCCGGUCGCCGGCGACAGAUGUUUAGCCGGAGCAAACUACUUACACAAAAGGUACCAUCGCCACGCCGGUGAAGAAUGGUUGAAGCAAGAAGGGAAAAAGAAAAAGAAGAGAAAAGGAAAAAUCGGAACAUGUACCUCUCGCCGUCAAUGUUACCAUCCCCGGUGGAAUAAACCAGGCGUCGCCUUGCUCGACGCUACGCUACAUCAGAGGAGACGCCAUGGCGCCGCCUUUCAGAAGCCCGACUCGCGUCGAGGGUCUAAGGCAUCAAGGGCCCGCCUCGCGCUAUGGCGCUAUUUUAAUCACUGGUAA